AGAACCUGGGUCCGUCUGUGCUAGCUGGAGUGGCAGUGAUGGUUCUGAUGGUUCCUGUGAAUGCUGUCAUCGCCAUGAAGACAAAAACCUACCAGGUGGCUCAGAUGAAAAGUAAAGACAGUCGCAUUAAGCUCAUGAAUGAGAUGCUGAAUGGCAUCAAAGUGCUGAAGCUGUAUGCCUGGGAGCUGGCUUUCAAAGACAAGGUUUCAGAAAUCCGGGAGAGUGAGCUGCGCGUCCUGAAGAAGGCUGCUUACCUUGGGGCCGUGUCCACGUUUACCUGGAUCUGUGCACCUUUCCUGGUUGCCCUGUCCACUUUCACUGUGUACGUGCUGAUUGACGAACAUAACGUGCUCGAUGCUCAGAAGGCGUUUGUGUCACUGGCACUCUUCAACAUCCUGCGGUUUCCUCUCAACAUGCUUCCAAUGGUCAUCAGUAGUAUGGUGCAGGCCAGUGUGUCCUUGAAGCGGCUGAGAGUGUUUCUGUCACAUGAGGAGCUGCAGGAGGACAGUGUGGAGCACAAAUCAGUAGCAGGCUCCCCAUACAGUAUCUCCAUCGUGGACGGAGUUUUCAGCUGGUCCAGAGCUGAGCCACCAACACUUAAGAGGCUGAAUGUGUGUAUCCCAGACGGCUCUCUGGUGGCCGUGGUGGGACACGUGGGUUCAGGGAAGUCCUCACUGCUUUCUGCCCUGCUUGGAGAGAUGGAAAAACUGGAAGGAGCUGUCGCUGUGAAGGGUUCAGUGGCCUACGUUCCCCAGCAAGCCUGGAUCCAGAACUCCACUCUGAAAGACAACAUCAUGUUUGGACAGGAGAGGAGAGAGGCCUGGUAUCAGCGUGUGGUGGAGGCAUGUGCCCUUCAGCCUGACCUUGAGAUCCUCCCUGCUGGAGACGAGACAGAAAUUGGAGAGAAGAUGGAUGGGCCCGUGGCUGGAUCAGUACCAGGCCCAGAGCUGCACUUCAACUCACACAUCAGGGAGGUGGAGGUGGGGUUCUGGUAUGGACUGGUAUUAUUAAGGAGGAGCUAG